UAUACAUAAAUAAAGCUUGCAAGCGUUGGUUCGGGAGUUCGGAAAAGUUGUAGUUAUUGGUGUAUGAACUGGUCAUACAAAUUUGAUGAAUUAGAGUCGUAUUGCAGAAGGCAGAUUGUGCGAAAGUUUUCAGCGAUCAUGUACAGUGCAAUAUAUGGAUGUUACAGUAACAGCAAAAAUAAUUCUGACAAUUCUAUUCAUUUUUUCACUUUCCCAAACGGCGUAAAAAAUACAGAUGAAAAAAAACGAGAAAAAAUUUGGAUUGAAUUUUGUAAAAGAAAGGGUUACAAACCUACAAAGAACUCAACUACUUGCUCUCUUCAUUUUGAGAACGAUGCCUAUAUACCAUCCUGUUCACCGUCUUUUCUAAAUUCAAUUAACUUUUCUGGGAAAAAGAAAGCCAUGCUAAAGGGUGAUGCUAUACCCACAUUAAAUAAAUCCACGACCGCAAGUGAAGCUGAAAAACUAACUGCAAAGAGUCGAUGCACAGGCAGUCACUCGAGAAGAAAGGAUAUUGAUGCCAUGGUAGGAGAAUACAUAGAGAACAAAUGUGCCCCGGUUGAGGAAGAAAUUGUAAACGCAGAUGCAUGCAGUCCUCGUGGGGAGGUUAUUUUCCAUGAGAACUCAGAUUAAUCCAAACAACGCACCAUGCUAGUUCUUUGUCAAAAAGAAAAAUUACACAAAGUAAAAAAGACAAAGCGACAAAAAUUGGAAAGCCGUGCAGAUGCUACAAUCAUCAAAAACAAUUUAAAAGUGUCG